GUCAUCUAAUUUUAAUCAGUGGAGCAGAGAAAGAAAUAAACAGUCAAUAUGGGGCGGAGAUCAACAUCUUCCACCAAGAGUGGGAAGUUCAUGAAUCCCACCGAUCAAGCUCGCAAGGAGGCCCGGAAAAGGGAGCUGAAGAAGAACAAGAAGCAACGUAUGAUGGUGCGAGCUGCUGUGCUAAAAAUGAAGGAUCCCAAGCAAAUCAUUCGGGACAUGGAAAAACUUGAUGAAAUGGAGUUUAACCCAGUACAGCAACCCCAACUAAAUGAGAAGGUGCUGAAGGACAAGCGGAAGAAACUGCGUGAGACUUUUGAGCGUAUUCUGCGGCUCUAUGAGAAGGAGAAUCCAGACAUCUACAAGGAGUUGCGUAAACUAGAAGUGGAAUAUGAGCAGAAGAGAUCUCAGCUCAGUCAGUACUUUGAUGCUGUCAAGAAUGCUCAGCAUGUCGAAGUGGAAAGUAUCCCCCUGCCGGAUAUGCCUCAUGCUCCCUCCAACAUUCUCAUUCAGGACAUCCCUUUACCUGGAGCACAGCCACCCUCUAUUCUCAAGAAAACAUCAGCCUAUGGACCUCCUGUCCGGCCUGUUUCUGUACUUCCACCUCCUGGGCAUGGUGUUCCUCGCCUACCCCCUGGCAGGAAGCCACCUGGACCUCCACCGGGGCCGCCACCAAUUCAGGUCUUGCAGAUGUAUAGUCGUAAAGUAGGAUUCACUCUAGAGAUGGCCCCUCGCAGAAGAGAGGAAGAGAUGUCCUACAGUCCAGAGACAGGUCCCCGAGGACAUGAUGACGAGGCUUCAAGCACCAGCGAAGAUGAGGGAUAUCCUGAGGACAUGGAUCAGGAUAAGCAUGACGACUCUUCUGAUGACAGUGACAGCGACAGGACUGAUGUGGACAGUGAAGGGGAGGAGUUAAUGCAUCAAGAUGAUGGUGCUGAGAGGGAAGGUGGGGAAGACAAAAAAUCAGGUCAUAGUGUACGGUUUGCUGACAUGCCUGGAAAAUCACGAAAGAAGAAAAAGAACAUGAAGGAACUUACUCCACUUCAGGCCAUGAUGUUGCGAAUGGCUGGUCAAGGAAUUCCUGAGGGUGGUAAAGAGGUAGAAGAGUAUUCUGAGGAUGAUGACGAUGACGAGGAGGAUUCAGAUGCUGAAGAGACAUCUCAGCAGCAAAGUACAGAAGAAUCCCACACGGAGACUGCAUCUUCGGUGCCCUCCCAAGCUACCCAGCAACAGCAGCAGCCACCCCCUCAGCCUGUUCCUCCAGCUCAGAUGCAGGCGCCACCCAUGCCAGGGCCACCCCCUCUUGGACCACCUCCAGCACCACCCUUGAGACCUCCGGGGCCCCCGACUGGCCUUCCUCCUGGUCCUCCUCCAGGGGCUCCUCCAUUCCUUAGGCCACCGGGUUUGCCGGGACUGCGUGGGCCAUUACCACGACUUUUGCCACCAGGACCACCCCCUGGCCGGCCUCCUGGCCCUCCACCAGGUCCACCUCCAGGUCUGCCUCCUGGCCCUCCUCCAAGGGGACCCCCACCUCGUUUACCACCUCCAGCUCCACCAGGUAUCCCACCUCCUCGUCCAGGCAUGUUGCGUCCUCCUCUGGUUCCUCCACCUGGGAUAUUCCCACCAGCUCCCAUUCCAAACCCUGGAGUACUGAGUGCUCCUCCUAGCUUGAUCCAGCGCCCUAAGGCAGAUGAUACCAGUGCCGCCACCAUUGAGAAGAAAGCCACGGCAACUAUCAGUGCCAAGCCGCAAAUUACAAACCCCAAGGCGGAGAUCACCCGUUUUGUGCCCACGGCCCUGCGAGUCCGCCGAGAGAACAAGGGGACUGCUGCCUCCACUCAGAGGAGACCUGAUGACGAACCUUCUGUUCAGAUAAUCAAAGCAACGCCUAAAGCUGGCUCUUCUGCCCCUAUCUCUGUGCAGACCAAGGAUGAUGUGUAUGAAGCCUUCAUGAAGGAAAUGGAGGGGCUACUGUGACAAUCCGUUUCCAGUUUCACCUUUAUAUCUGCUGUACCGAGAUCAGACUACUCUGU